CAUCAGUCGCUGAGUAGGUUUCGAGAGUGACUGACGAUCGCAAGCGUAUUUGUUCUCACAACGCGUAGCGUUUCUCAUCCCCUUGUUUCCGUAUUUGUGUUUACUUGACCCACCUACGUCCAUGUAUCGCAUAUCGCGUCGUUAUCAUUCCAACGCUCAUUGGAAGUGAUCCGUGGUGGUGUUCACUCUUUCAGCGAGAGACAAAAAGGACUCAUUGUCAACAAGUUAUUACAAAUUGGAGAAAGUGUCAAUAUUGAUCUUGUGCAUGGAAUCAAAGUGCGAGUUGUGCCAAGUGAAUGGCAUUUGAAACAUACAUGCGGUCACUCACUCGUUUAAUUGAUCAAACAUUUUCGCAUGAGAGUGAAAUGAGUUUCUCUCAGUACGGAUGAAGGAAAACAGGAAAUAGAGAUAAAGGUGACAUAAUUUGAUCGUUUUGGCAGAACGAAUGGUUGAGAUUCUCCAGAAAUGUGUGUCACUGGUGUCACAGCAGGACCCACGCGCAUCGUUUAUCCAGAGUGAUGCGAUAUCAAACUAAACCAAACACACAGCAAAUAUGUGCAUAUUCCUUCAAACAAUGAUUCACCAUCAACAAGCAAAGGUUUCGUCCAGGCGUUGAAUUACAUUUUGUUGACUUUCAUGUCGCAGAUCCGCUUAUCAAUCUGAGGCAACAUUCAGAUUAAUCCUAGUUUACUGCUACCAAGCCGCAUGUACGAGCUGGACAUUACGUAUGUACGACUAAGGAUAAGUCUCACCAUACAGUACUCCCCAUUCUAUUCUGUGUAGUUACCGUACAGACCAGAUCAGUGACCCAUCACGCAUUGCCAGGAUUAGGAUUUAGUGAUAAUUAGCUUUAUCGCUGUGCAGAGAUUUAUUGACUUACAUUCGUGGGUUGCGAAAUCCACGAGACCUUCGACACUUCACUGCAACAAUUACAACUGACCAGAGGUUGGAUAAUUUGGUGGGAAUUUGCACAAAGUGGGAGAAGAAGCAUUUCUUUGCGCAGUGCACUGCCAUUUUUUCGCCUUCUCCCUCCUUUUUCGCAUAAUAAUUGGCAGAGAGGACCGUUGUGCAACCUGUAGCCCAGUGACUUGGUAAGAAAACCCUCACGCGAGAAUCCCUCGUUCUGCUCAGAAGCACGCAAAGACGAAGAAGAAGAAGUCGAGGUUGGAAGUGAACUUCCGGUGCCCAUCUGCGAUACGAGAUUGAUACGCUUCUUGGUAUUUGUGCGUGGACAGUUGGCUCAGCCCCUGAAAGUCAGUGGUUCAAAAUAAGGAUAAACUGAUUCUUCUCCAGAAGAUUCUUCACAUAAUCCUUUCAAUUGGGUUUUUGGUGAGCUGGUGUAUGCAGCACAACAACUUGAACCAGAAUACCGGAGAAGGGUCCCCGUUGAUGUCACACAUUCAGGGCCCAACCCUCUUUGGAACCCUCUAUUGAUCUACUCGGCUCAAAUAAUAAGUGCAUCUCUCCCCCUUUGUUGUCUCGUGUAAUAACUUGCUUCCCACAAUUAAGCUGCCGGAAACGGUGCUCAAUUCGGCCCAAGUUUUUCAAACAAGUUACAUUUUACCGUAAAACAUUUCCCGAUUGUUGUUUGCUAACUGGGGAGGAGGAUACAGGAGGAAGUGUAAUUAUUAUUUUUUGUACCGAUACAAAUGCAAUAGGUAAUUGCACCUGUUCGUACUACGCGACCUUUGAGUGAGAACUUGAGCAGACAAAUUUCACAAAAUCUAACAAGUGACACGAACACGAACAUUAACAGGUUUUACUCGAACCGACAUUCAAUUAAUUUAAAGUCAGAUGAAGUAAGCCCAUGAUUUCUUCCCUGCUCGUUGAUUACGUGGCAUGCCUGCCUCCUUUCGAGUUAUCAAACAAAGUUGCAUUGUACCAGCGCAGCUAAAGUAAAAGUAAUUCCUUGUGCUGCCCGUAAACAAAUUACUCAUUCGCUGCGUGGAGGAGUCAUACAGAAGUUGAAUAUUAAUCACCUUGCAAAAUCAACCGGAUCCUCGUCUCUUCUCGGAACAACAAUUGCACACCAUCAAUUCUUCUGCACUGUAACAACCGUAAUACGAAAAAUAAUAAUAAUAACGAGUCAGUGGAAUUCCACUUCCUACUGUUUGGCAUCUCCAUUGUUUUCUUCCUUCGUGGUGGACUCGCAUAGUUGAAAGUGAUCAUUUUCCAUUGUGACUUAAAGGAUGAGCACCAAGAUGGAAGUGUCAACCAAUACGUUUCGGGCAAACGACCCGACCAGAGCAACAUGUCGUGGAAGUCUGCAGUCGAAACGGUCACAAUUAAACAGGGAAAUACAUCGCGAGAUGCGAUUGAGGGCUGGAGCGGAAAACCUGCUAAAAGCAACGUCGAAUCGGACGGUGAAGGAGACGGCAACUUUGGAACUCAGCUUCGUCAAUUCGCAUUUACAGCUACUUCGGGAACAAUUGUCAGAAAUUAACGGCUGCCUAGAAGCUUAUCAAGGCCAAGGGCAAGAUAACAGCCUCCCAAUGAUCCCACUCGGGCUGAAGGAGACCAGUCAGCACAUCGACUUCCUGGAACCAUUCAAAGACUUUAUCUUGGAGCAUUACAGCGAAGACGGAAACAAUUUAGAUGAUGCUAUUCAAUCUUUUAUGGAGCUUCGGCAGGCAAUGAGGAGACCAUCAAGAACGAAGACUGGGGUUCAGCUCUUGCUGAGAUAUUUGGGCGUUUUGUACUUUGUCGAGAGAAGAUUCUUCCCCGCAGAUCGCAACAUUGGUGUCUUCUUUGAGUGGUACGAUGCGCUAACCGGAGUCCCAAGCAUUCAAAGAACGGUUGCAUUUGAAAAGGCGAGCGUGCUUUUCAACCUGGCAGCCCUUCACACACAAAUUGGGUCGAAGCAGGAUCGGCUCCUAAAUUCGGAGUCUGCGGAUGCUGCAGUGGACAAUUUUCUGCGUGCGGCAGGAACCCUUCGCUACAUUGGAGAACAUUUUACGCACCCACCGUCCUUCGACCUCGCCCCGCACACUUUGGACGCAUUAACAGCUCUUUUCCUGGUUCAAGCUCGUGAGUGCCUGUUUGAGAAACAACAAUCCGUGGAAAAAGUGGACAGCAGUAAAAUCAUUGAAAAUGUGCAAGAUCAGUCAAGAGUUGUGGAACUUGCCCAAGAGGCCCAGUUGUUGUCGGAUGAAUACGUCCGCGUGUCCGAGCUGCUUUCCCACGAAGAACUGAAAGAAUUCAUCCCACCAGCCUGGUCAUCUCUGGUUCAGGUGAAACGCGACUUGUACAAAUGCCUUGCCCACCACUACUUGUCCACCCUGCUCCUCAGUGAAUGCGAAUUUUCGGAUGAAACUCGAGAGAAUUUUCGCUACUUGUACUGCGAAACGGAGAACGUUGCAGUGACUGACAUCCGGUUGCCAACAAACGAGGAGGAGAUGAAGGUCUUGGGGUUCUGUCACCUCAGGAAGGCGCUGAGCUGUUUGGAAGAUUCCAGUCGACAUGCUCGACUUAAUCGUGAGCUUCGAGCCAAAAAAGGGCUACAAUCCGCUCUCCAAUCCACUAAGGACAAAAUUCUUGCCACUUUUGAAAGAAAAGAAAUUCAAAGUCUAGAAGAAUUGGAGCAUUAUUUGGAUCCACCCCAACUCAUCGCUGCGACGAAAUUCCAGCUCGAGUUAAGUCCCCCUGACCUGGCCACCCAGAACGUGGAGGAUCCUUUUCGAGCCUUGGGGCCACUGGCCCUUUUCUCCGCCAAACGCCACUGGUCAGCUCCACGUCACGUGACAUUGCACCGACGCGGAGAUGGCUUCGGUCUGAGCGUUAAAGGCAGUGCUCCCGUCGCCAUUGCCUCCAUCGAUGAUGGGUCCCCUGCAGAGCUUGGAGGUGUGAGACAAGGAGACGUGAUUGUCGGAAUUGGAGGUGUGGACACGAGAUGGAUGGGCCAUGAAGAUGUCGUAGCGUUGGUUCGGACCACUGGAGAUUCGUUAGCACUUAGGCUCGUCACUCCAAUGGAUGUCACCAAGAAUUCAAGUCACCAUCACAGUCACAAGGGGCGCAUCUCUCCUCACUCCACAAGCAGCAGCACCAGUCUGGGCAGUUCUACUCCCCGAAGUUCAUCCAGCAGUUCUUCCGGAUAUGGGGGAAGUUAUGGAAGAAGCGUGAGUCGUAACACGGGUUCCGCAAGUCCUCAAGAAGACACCUUCACAAUGAAGAAGCUGACAAAAAGUCUGUUCCGAAAAUCGAAAUCAAAAGAAAAGGUGAACGAUGCCACGGGUUACAAGUCGAAUAUGAUUUUGCGAUAACUUUAAGUGGACAAGACGUUAUCAGUACAUACAUUUUUUUAAUCGUAUAAAAUAUUACAAUCAUUGAAAGGACUGAAUGCAAGUACUUACGACAACCUUAACUUUUUCCAAGAUGAGUUAAAAUUGAAUGAUAGUAUUCAUAUACAUAUGUACGUAUAUCUCUAAAUAGUUCGAUUUUUAAUAGCCAUCCAAGCGAAAUUUUGGAAUUAUUUAAACCUUCAAAACUCUGUUUUCCAUGAAUAGCUACUUAUGCAAUUCUGUUUAAUCGGUGUCAUGAAGUUGUAUUCAGCCAAUAUUUGAAUUUAUUUUGUGUUCUUUAAUAUUUUUAAGCGUCAUGUAUUUGUGUACAUGCAUACGUGCGUACGAGUAGAUAUGCAUAUUAGAAGGAAACGGUGUAUGUGUAUAAAGUAUCAAUGCAAAAAACAGCCCAAUAAUUAAUUACUCGAAAUCAUGAAUGAUUUAAUGGUGCAAUAUUGUAGUAUAAAAUAUAUUUAUUUAAUAUGUAAUUGUUAUUGUAACUUUUGACACCGGUGUGUAUGCGAGUAGAGAAUACAACAUUAUGUGUUCUAUGAAGUUUGAUAUUACAUGAAAGUGCCCUGUAAUUCUCGAUGUACUAUAUGCUUCCAAAAUGGACUAAGUAUUAAGAAGUUAUAAUAAUUUGUUGGAAUUAACAGAAAUAAAGAAUACAAAAAUAGUAGAAUAAACAUAUUCGGAACA